AUGGACCCAGAGCAGCAGGGGAAGAAGCUCUACUCGUACCCGAUCCUCAAGCUGCAUGAGAUCGUCGCGAGCCUUCGCAGCCUCAACAUCGCCUUCGCGGAGGACGACCUUCGCAGCUGCCAGCCCGACGCGCUGCGCAAGAUCCUCGAAGAGUUCAUCCGCAACACGAUGGGCAUCGGUCGAGACGAAAUGAGCCAGCCAGCGCUGAUCGGGCUUAGCGAGCUCACGGUCCAGCUCCACAGCGGCUCCGUGGGCGAGAUCACCUACUUUCGGACGAUUUCCCGGCUCUUGGCGACGGCGGGCUUGCGGGACUUUCGAUGGGACGACGUGUACAAGCCGACGCUGAAGCGCUACCGUCGCAUCUUGAGCGCAUUGAUCAACUUUACUCGGUUCCGCUACGAGCGCUGGGCCCGAGUCGGUCAGAACGAAGACAAGCUUGUCCGGAUCCGAGCCGAGCGUCAAGCCGCCGAAGAAGAGAACGCUACGUUGCGACGGCAGCUUGCAGAUCUGCAAAGCGAGCAGAGUGCGGAAGCGGAAGCGCUCCAACAUGCCAUGGAUGAAUCCUCGGCGCUUGAAGUCGAGAUCUACACGCUGAACAAGCGCCAAGCUGUCGUACGGCACGAGAAUACUGGACUCAAGGCCCAAUGUGGGCACCUGCGCGAUGACUACGCGUCGCUGCGCAUCGAUAUUUCGGAGGCCAAGACCACUGUGAACAAGCUGGAGACAAAAAUCGUCAACUCUCCCGCUCGGUUCAAAGCGGACAUUGGAGACAUAUCCGUCAAGGUCGACGCCGCCAAAGAAGAGCUGGCGCUCUUGGAAGCACGUUCAACCGAGCUCGACAGUAUCUACGAGGCAUUCGCCCGUGCAGACCAGGAAACCAACGCGGCCGUGGAUUUGAUGCACGAGACCGAAGUCGAGAGCCAGAGCUGUCGCAACGAAAAAAGAAACAUCAAGGCACAGCACCACGAGAUUGAAAACACUUUCCACAAAACCAAGCAAGCGGUGGCCCACCACGCCGUUCGUUGACGAGCGCAUCGCCCGACGAGUUUGAUCCAACGCGCACCAUGUUUGUAGCGCUUGCACAAGCUUGUGCUGCAGCGCAAUACUCAAUUCGAGCAGUACAAAAUGCAGCAUUCGACGAAGCUCCAGGCUGCCGACAACGCCUUGGCGUCGGCGACGACCGAGCUCAAAGACCUUCUCGAGACAAUUUGCUCGAUCGAGCACAACACCCAAACCACGAGCCACGCGACGCAAGAACUCAAGCGCCACGUACCGUGCUCUCGCCUAUCGAAGGAACGUAAUAGUAUCUUACAACUCGUAGGCGUCGCGCGAGGAAAGCGCGUUCAAGCGCCGCAUGCAGGAGAUGGACGAGGCAAACAAAGACCACAGUCUGCGAUUCAUGACACGAACGGCGCUUAGGCUUUUGAAAAACUCGACCUGCAGGUCAAGGGCUACAGCCGCACCGUUCUCAGCGCGCUGCCCGUGUCCGUCUCGUAGACGGUCUGCUAUGCAUCCCCCAAGAUAUCGACUACGUAACUUGUGCUUCAAUAUAUGCAAAAGAGACUCUGCCCUGUGCGGUCGCGACUGCGCCUCGCUGCGGUAGAGGUCGUCCGAC